AUGAUCAUUCCGGUGCGAUGCUUCUCGUGUGGAAAAGUCAUUGGUGACAAGUGGAACGCCUACCUGGAGCUGCUGGCGAAGGAUAUGCCGGAAGGUGAGGCCAUGGAUGAGCUCCAGCUCAAACGCUACUGCUGCCGUCGCAUGGUGCUGACGCACGUCGACCUCAUCGAGAAGUUACUCCAUUAUAACCCCAACGAGAGGAAGAGAACUCGCCAGGAUAUAACCAACCAUCAUUGA